GCCGCCGAAGGAGGGGCGAAGCUCAAGAUGGCGGACAAAACGCCAGGCGGCUCUCAGAAGGCCAGUUCAAAGACCAGAUCAUCAGAUGUUCAUUCAUCUGGAUCUUCAGAUGCACACAUGGAUGCAUCUGGACCCUCAGAUAGUGAUAUGCCAAGUCGGACACGACCUAAGAGCCCAAGGAAACAUAAUUAUAGGAAUGAGAGUGCCCGUGAAAACGUUUGUGAUUCUCCUCAUCAGAAUCUCUCAAGACCUCUUCUAGAAAACAAACUUAAAGCAUUCAGUAUUGGAAAAAUGAGUACAGCUAAGCGAACUUUAAGUAAGAAGGAGCAAGAAGAAUUAAAGAAGAAGGAGGAUGAAAAGGCAGCUGCUGAGAUUUAUGAGGAAUUUCUUGCUGCCUUUGAAGGAAGUGAUGGUAAUAAAGUGAAAACAUUUGUGCGCGGAGGUGUUGUUAAUGCAGCUAAAGAAGAACAUGAAACAGAUGAAAAAAGGGGUAAAAUCUAUAAGCCAUCUUCGAGAUUUGCAGAUCAAAAAAAUCCUCCAAAUCAGUCAUCCAGUGAAAGACCACCAUCUCUUCUUGUGAUAGAAACCAAAAAACCUCCACUGAAGAAAGGGGAGAAAGAAAAGAAAAAAAGCAAUUUGGAACUCUUCAAAGAAGAAUUGAAACAAAUUCAAGAAGAGCGUGAUGAGAGACAUAAAACAAAAGGCAGGUUAAGUCGAUUUGAGCCACCUCAGUCAGAUUCUGAUGGUCAGCGUCGUUCCAUGGAUGCGCCUUCAAGAAGAAAUAGAUCAUCUGGUGUUCUUGAUGAUUAUGCACCUGGCUCACAUGAUGUAGGAGAUCCAAGCACUACUAAUUUAUACCUUGGAAACAUUAAUCCACAGAUGAAUGAAGAAAUGUUGUGUCAAGAAUUUGGAAGAUUUGGACCUUUAGCCAGCGUGAAAAUUAUGUGGCCUAGAACUGAUGAAGAAAGGGCAAGAGAGAGAAAUUGUGGCUUUGUGGCCUUUAUGAAUAGAAGGGAUGCUGAAAGAGCUUUAAAAAAUUUAAAUGGAAAGAUGAUUAUGUCUUUUGAAAUGAAGUUAGGUUGGGGUAAAGCUGUGCCUAUUCCUCCACAUCCCAUAUACAUUCCUCCUUCCAUGAUGGAACAUACUCUUCCCCCACCUCCAUCAGGACUGCCUUUUAAUGCGCAGCCCAGAGAGCGGUUAAAAAACCCCAAUGCUCCCAUGUUACCACCACCUAAAAACAAGGAGGAUUUUGAGAAGACUCUGUCGCAAGCCAUAGUCAAAGUGGUUAUCCCAACAGAAAGGAAUUUGCUCGCCCUGAUACAUCGAAUGAUAGAGUUUGUUGUACGUGAAGGGCCAAUGUUUGAAGCUAUGAUUAUGAACAGAGAGAUCAACAAUCCUAUGUUCAGAUUCUUAUUUGAAAACCAGACACCAGCCCAUGUUUACUAUAGGUGGAAGCUUUAUUCUAUUCUGCAGGGAGAUUCUCCAACUAAGUGGCGGACAGAAGAUUUUCGUAUGUUCAAAAAUGGAUCUUUUUGGAGGCCACCACCAUUAAAUCCAUAUCUGCAUGGGAUGUCAGAGGAGCAGGAAACAGAAGCUUUUGUAGAGGAGCCUAGUAAAAAGGGAGCACUUAAGGAAGAACAGAGGGACAAAUUAGAAGAAAUUCUUCGGGGGUUAACGCCAAGGAAAAAUGAUAUUGGAGAUGCAAUGGUUUUCUGUCUUAAUAAUGCUGAAGCUGCUGAAGAAAUAGUGGAUUGCAUUACCGAGUCAUUGUCCAUCUUAAAGACACCCCUUCCCAAAAAGAUUGCCAGAUUAUAUUUGGUUUCUGAUGUUUUGUACAACUCUUCAGCCAAAGUUGCCAAUGCUUCUUAUUAUAGAAAAUUUUUUGAAACAAAGUUGUGUCAGAUAUUUUCAGACCUCAAUGCUACUUAUCGUACAAUUCAAGGCCAUUUACAGUCUGAAAACUUUAAGCAACGGGUAAUGACCUGCUUUAGAGCAUGGGAAGAUUGGGCAAUUUAUCCAGAACCAUUUUUGAUCAAACUACAAAAUAUUUUCUUAGGACUUGUAAAUAUUAUUGAAGAAAAGGAAACAGAGGAUGUACCAGAUGACCUUGAUGGUGCCCCCAUUGAGGAAGAGCUUGAUGGCGCACCUCUAGAAGAUGUGGAUGGAAUUCCUAUUGAUGCUACUCCCAUUGAUGAUCUUGAUGGAGUCCCUAUAAAGAGCCUUGAUGAUGAUCUUGAUGGAGUGCCUUUGGAUGCAACUGAAGACUCAAAGAAGAAUGAGCCUAUAUUUAAAGUUGCCCCAUCAAAAUGGGAAGCUGUAGAUGAAUCUGAAUUGGAAGCACAGGCUGUAACAACUUCUAAAUGGGAGUUAUUUGACCAGCAUGAAGAAUCAGAAGAAGAAGAAAAUCAAAAUCAAGAAGAAGAAAGUGAAGAUGAAGAAGAUACUCAAAGUUCCAAAUCUGAAGAACAUCAUUUGUACUCUAAUCCAAUCAAAGAAGAAAUGACUGAGUCCAAAUUCUCUAAGUACUCUGAAAUGAGUGAGGAAAAACGAGCUAAACUCCGUGAAAUCGAGCUCAAAGUUAUGAAGUUUCAAGAUGAAUUGGAAUCUGGAAAAAGACCUAAAAAACCAGGCCAGAGCUUUCAGGAACAAGUAGAACACUACAGAGAUAAACUUCUUCAGCGAGAGAAAGAGAAAGAAUUAGAAAGAGAACGAGAAAGAGAUAAGAAGGAUAAAGAAAAAUUGGAAUCUCGAUCCAAAGACAAGAAAGAAAAAGAUGAGUGUACUCCAACAAGGAAAGAAAGGAAAAGGCGACACAGUACGUCCCCUAGCCCAUCUCGCAGUAGCAGUGGUAGACGAGUGAAAUCCCCAUCACCAAAAUCGGAGCGAUCAGAGCGUUCAGAAAGAUCUCAUAAAGAGAGCUCACGGUCCAGGUCUUCUCACAAAGAUUCUCCUAGAGAUGUUAGCAAAAAGGCUAAAAGAUCUCCGUCUGGUUCAAGGACACCUAAAAGGUCUAGGCGAUCACGGUCUAGAUCCCCUAAAAAAUCAGGGAAGAAAUCCAGAUCCCAGUCCCGAUCUCCACACAGGUCUCAUAAAAAGUCAAAGAAAAACAAACACUGACAUAAAUUUUUAAGAUGCUGUCACUUAUUGGAAAUGAGAUUUUGUUUUGUGCCUGAACGGUCUGUUUUUUAAAAAAAUCAAAAAACAAAAAAUCUAAUGAAAGAGCAUUCCUGGGGUUUUUAUUUGUUUGUGAAUGCAUGUGUAAACUCAUAAGUAACUGCAUCUGUAGACCUGUCAUUGUUUUAUAUUGUAUAAAUUACUUUCGUUGUGGCUGUUUCUCAAGAUGAAAUUUUUAUUGUGCUGAUGAAUUUCAUCAAAAAUGUGUAUAAUGGAUCUGCUGGCAGUAGUAGUUUGUUUUAGGAUGUUGUGACUUAGCAAAAAAUAAUACAGAUGUCUUCCCCCCUUUUGUAGCUUUGACAAUUUGAAUUAGAUUUCAAAUAAAAUCUGAACAGAAAACUAUAAUGUUGUUUUUUUGCCCUAUUGAUGACAUCAGAUCCCUUUAAGUCCUACUAAGUGAGUUUAGCACUUCUGUUGUGUUUCUUAUACCUAAUGCACUUUACAAGCUCCAUUGUUCAGGUAGCUGAAGUUUUAUAUUUACUAAGAUGACUGUCAAAAUUUAGGGACCUGAGACUCAUAUUUGGUAGGUUUGCCAACUAAUUUCAUUAAUAACGUUCCCUUAGGUAAUACUAGUACCCAGAGAUCAAAAGACUAGGUGAAUGUGGCGUGGUCUUUUGUUAAUGGAAUACCUGGCUAAAAUAUUUUUUUCUUUUUUCAAAGCAGCAAUAUGAUUUCAACACACAUAAUCUGUGUCCUGAGCAACUAGUUAUUUUCAAGAAAAAAUUAAAUUUCCAUCUUUUGAUUUAUCUUCUGGCAUUAGAAAAGUUUAUUUAAAAGAAAUUUUCUAAAGAUAGUUGGCCAUAGAAUUUUUUUAUGAAGGUUGCCCUUCUAUAGCCCUCUGUAGGCAGUCUUUCAGACACUGGUAUCAGAAUAUUUCUACAAGGUUCUGUUUAAAGCACCUUUGUUUUUGUUUGUUUUUAAAGAAUUUAGUUUUAGGUUUAGCUUUAAGUAAAAUUUAAAAAUAAAAUAAUUUUCAGGAAAUUUAACAUCCAUUGGUUUGUAAGUUAAAGGUGCAAAAAGUUGAUUUAAACCUUGCAGAGUUGAAAUCUGUUAUACAAUGGGAAUAAAUUGCAGUAUGAGGAAUGAGGAAGAAAACUUGUGUAAUGUUGAACAUGAUAUUGCUAUAAUGUAAUAAAGGGUUAUGUAGACUUGAAUUUACACUGCUACCAUUUGUGAAUCUUGCUUUCAGUUUUUCAUUUAGGCACUUUAUACAGUGGUUUGAUGGUUUUUUCCCUUCUUAAUAGAGUAGAAAGCUGCUCUAAUGGAUUAUUUUGAGUUAGCUUGGUUUUUAAAUAUAUCUUUUCAAGUUGUUUUACUUAGUCUUGCCUAGUCACAAAGUAAAAAAGCUAUACCCAUGAUUUGAGGAGUAGGAAUAUUAGCUGAGCAGUGAGGCAUGUUAUUGCCAAACGGGGCAAACCUACAAUAGCUGUAGAAAUGAGCCAAUCAGAUUAUUUUACUUAGUGGUUCUUAUCAACAUGCAGUAUUGCUUGAAAGUUAUUCCCUUAUCAUUUACUCUUCUGUUUGUCCGUGUUGUUGGGAUGUUAAUUACUAAAUGUUACUCAAAAUAAUUAAAUAUGAACAUUUGGUGCUGGUUUUUAACCUACAAACAUAGCCAUUUUUAAAGAGCAUGUUUUUCUUUUUCUCCUCUGUUCAUUGCCUGGGAGAAUGGAAUUUUAUAUAAUUACCUUUCUUUGCAAAAAUAACAGUGUCAAGUUGCUGGUGAUUGUGGGCAUUCCUUCAUUCAUUGGUAUCUAGUAUAGGCUUAGAAAUGAUUAGUCAGGAAAUGAUUUUGCCAGUCAAGUUGCAAGGAAUGCUUAUUUUUCUCUCUUUAAAAAAAUAUCCUGGAGAAGCAGGAGUGAGUAGAAAUUGUUAGGUCAGUUUUGGGUGCUUAUAUUGUAGUAUUUUUUCUACUGCAGUGGAAUUUAGCAGUUCUCUUAAUCUGCAUCCAGAUAUAACAAACAUCGUUUAUCUUAGAGUGGUUAAGACUGGCUUCCUUUUGGGUGAUGGGUGGGGGGUUGCAUAUGCUUGGUAGAAUAUGUAUUCUGUGAAGUUUGCUCAUGUUCAUAUCAGAUUGUAUUGGAUUUUUUUCCCCCUGGAAUUUCAAAUGGUAUUGUUAGCUAGAUUAUUUUUAACUUGAUGAGAAAAUAUCCAGACUGUGUCAAUUCUCCAUGGAUUCUAUAAAAGCUUAACAGUCAGAAAUUGGCAAAUUGUAAGGGGGGAGAUAUUCUACCAUAUUUUUAUAAUAGCAUAUUAUUCAUCUGUUUCCUACCUAAAGAACACUUAAUUAGAUAGCAAAAUUUCUAUAAGUUGACUACAGUGUUUGUAGGCGUGGCCAUCCAGUUAUAGGAAAUACCCUGUUCCAGCUCUGUAAUAAACAGUUAUCCUCCACGGAAGCUACAUGUAGGAGGAAAUCCUCUGGUGGCUACUCUUUUUAUGAAGGGCAUGACUUAAAUCCUUCACCCUCUAACAUACACAGGGAUUCCUUACCAGGUUAAUACCAUUUUAUCUCUCUUUCUUUAAUACGUGAGAGAAAGUAAAUCAUGUUUGUGAAUCUUUUCUUUGACUUUGUAUUUCCUUAUUACUGUAAGUAAGCUUAUGGGCACUUCUGAACUGUAACAUGUUAAGAAGUUAGAGAUUAAAGAACUAAAAAAGCCCAGACCCAAAAGAUUGUUUUUAUUUGGCUCAGAGGGUUUUUGGCAUUUCUGCUAAAGUUUGCAGAAAUUACUAUACACUGACCUAAUUUUUCUUUAUUGCAGACCAUUCCUAUGGGCUUACCCUGAGACUUUUAUCCCAAUUAAAGAAUCUUAGAGGGAGGAAAUACUUGCCUAUGACUUUUGCAAUUUCCCCCCAAACUUUAAUGUUCUUGAGCACUCGAAAAUAUUUUAAAGAAAUUCUAAUCAUGAUCUAAUAUAGGUUAUUAGAAAUAUGCUGUACAUAUUUGCCUCCAUUGUGGUAUAAGUUCUGAAAAAUUAUGUGGCCAUGAUGAUAGUUUAUGAUAAUUAAAAAUGAAAUAAAAGAAGUCUCUAUUGUGAAAAUAACGUAGCCUGUUCUGAUGACCACAACAGUUUCUUUAGCAGAGAAAGUUUUUAAAAAUAAAUAGUACCACUUUUCUAAGAAAAUAAGAGCUUCUUUUUUUCUUUGUUGUUUUUCUCUUCUAUUAUAUAUUAAUGGAAAAGCUAUAGAAAAUUCAGUGCAGGUAUUAACGAAGACACUAGUAUAAGUUUAAAGGAAUGUGUGACUAAAAGCUCACGAAGUGCUUGGUUUCUUCAUAUUUCACAUGCAUGUUUUAGAAUAGAUUUUAGGGGGUAUUUAAUUUGUUUUCCUUUUGGCAUUUUUCUUUGUUUUGUUAUUAACUUCCCAGGACUUAGAUAAUACACAAAAAAUACAAAUCCCAGGGGAAGUGUUGUGAUGCUGGACUGAAAGGUGGGAAUGUGCUGCUGUGCAGAGUGAGCCAUGUUCCAGUGUUGAAAAUUCAAUGCCUCAGUGUUUAUUCAGUACCACCUCACGGAGCUUCAGUGUACACGGAUUAUAUGUAUAAUUGGUUAUUUAUAUAGUUUUGUAGAUCUGUAGAUAAAUGCCCUCAUUCAUUUUUAUAUGUAAUUGUGCUUGGAGUAUUUUUGUGUUUUAUUCUUUGACUUUAGCAGGCUCUUGUAUGUUAUAUCUUUGGUGAUUUGAAGUAUCAGGAAAGACAGAUUUUCAGAAAUGAGAGUAAUAUAGUUGAAAUCAGCUCAGCUGAAAUAUUCUACAGCAAGACAAUUUCUUUUGGGUGAACUGAUUCCAUAAUUUAGUUAUUCUUGAUGUAAGGAUUCAGUUUAUUGUGGAGCUGCUUUCCAGACUGUCACUUUAUAAUUUUUCUACAUAAAGAUUAUAUAGUUGCAAACAAAGGUUGUGGAAUUUCCUUUUUGUUGUUGUUUUUUGACCUUUAAUUACUUUAAUAAAAUACGUUGUUUUCAUAGCAAACUUUAGACUGUUCAUGUAAUUUUCUCCAUACAGUUUUCCUAAUGUGAGCUCAGCAAACCGUGUGUAGUUUUCAGCAGCAUUAUCCCAAGGAAAUAAGUGAUGUCAUAUUUAUCAGUUGUAGCUAAAAUGGUACUACAUUUUACAUGUUAAAACCAUAAUAAAAUAUUUUCACGAUAGAUGAUUUUUUGAUAGGGAAUUUUAUUUCUUUAUUGGUACCACUUUUUAAAAAGAGUUUGUUAUAUUUUAUUGAGGCAAUUUUCAAACAUAUGAAAGUAGAAUAAUAGGAUGAGCAUCCUUAGUACCCAUCAGUCUGCAAAUACUAACUUAUUAGUCUCUGAAUGUCUCUAAGUGUUUUUGUUUUAAAACAACCACGGUAUCAUUGUCACAUUAAAAAUAAUUUACUGGUUCCUUGAAAAUCUUUAAAAUUGUGGUAAAAUACAACAGAAUUUACCAUCCUAACCAUUUCUGGGUGUGCAGUUUAGUAGUGUUCAGUGUAUUCACAUUGUUGUGCAGCCUGUCUCCAGAACUCUUCAUCUUACAAAACUGAAACUCUGAACCUAUUAAACAACGUUACUCCCCCAUCCCCACACCUGGCAACCACCAUUUUAUUUUCUGUGAGUUUGACUACUCCAGAGACUGCAAGUAAGUGGGAUCAUACAGAAUGUGCUAGUCUUUUUGUGACUAGCAUAUUUCACUUCCUUCAGGUAUAUCCAUGUGGCAGCAUGUGCGUUGGUUCUUUUUUAAAGCCUACUUUUUCUUUUAAAAUUUCUAUAUUUCCUUAUAGAAUUUGAAGGUUUUUUCCCCCAAAUGGCACAUUAGCAUUUUCUAUUUCAAGUAAAAACUUAAAAAAAGAAAACAAAAUAAUACCAAGUAUAUAUGCCAACCACCACUUUUUUAAGCCAUUUUUAAUCACUUUUUAUGAUUAUGUAGAUGUGAUUUCACAUCAACACGUCAUAGUAUGGGGUGCAAAAUAUACUUUCAAAGCAUUUGUGAUAUUUUUGAAAUUGUAGUGUAUUAAUAUAAAUGACCCUACACAAAUGCUUUUUUAGUUUAUUUAUUGCCUGAUGAAAAGGAAACUAAUAUUUUGGCAUUUAGUAUAUUCAGUGUUUAGGUUAGAUACUCAUUUUGCCACAAAGAAAGGGAAAAAAAACCUUUGUUUAAAUUUUUUUUUUUUUUAGUUAUUUUUUCCUAUCCUUAGGAAACACAGAGCAUGAAACUGUUUAGAAUAAAGAACUUACUUUCUGGUUUUUAAAUCAGAUGUGGCAUAGCAUAAUGGUGGAGGAAGAGUCUGAGCUGUGGUGUCAUAUUUGAACUUGAACACCACCUCCUCCCCACUCCGAUCCUUUGGAAUCUAUUCUCACCUAUAAAAUGGCAAUAACCUUGACUGUUGGAAGGAUGAAAUCACAUGUAAAUCCUGGGCAUGUAGUUGUCAUACGGUGGUAGUUAAUAAACUCAGUAUUCCUGGAAAUUAAUGGGAACAUCUUUUAACUAAAACAAAAAGAGUAACAUUACAAUUCUAUAAUACUGGUACCUUUAAAAGAUAAUUUUGUGUACUUGAUUUGUGUUAAUAGAUUUUAUGGACUUACACUUGGGGAUGUGUUGGUUUGUUGCACACACUGAAUAUGACUUCAUAAUUUGCUAUCGAGGCUUAUAGUUGACAUUUAAUUCUUAAUCUCCUUUGAGAAAAACAUUUUCUUUAAGCAGGUUUUUAAAGAUACUUUUUAAAUUGUCAUUUAUUAUUAUAGAAUUCCAUUAACCAGAGUUCCUGAAAGGAAGCUCAUAAAGCAAAAUCCAAAUGCAAACAGCUUAAAUAGGGUAUAUGUGGAAAGAGCCUGGAAAAUAGUAUAAAAUAGGUUGAAGAACUAGAUUCUUUGCCCAAGUUCAAAGUAAAAAAAGAAAAGAAGCUAUGCAAAUUACCAGAGCUGAGCAGCAGUGUGCAGUAUUCACAGAAUGAGUGGACAGAGAACAGCAAGAAGGAAGACUAAAAAGAGGGUUAGUAAUGUGAGGGUAAUUGAACUAUAUUUUGUGUGUAUUUGCAAGUUACAGUUUCUAUUUUCAGAUUAUAUAGAAAUGAGAAAUGUACCCUAAAACUACUUUUAGAACGGAGAGCUGAAACUAUAUAGAAUUUGAAAACGAAACUUCACUUUAAAUUCUACUCAGAAAUAAUGGCUUUGUAGUAAUAUGUCUUCAGGACAUUUGUAAUGAUCUUUGGAGUUCUCAGCAGCUGCACAAACAUGAAUCUAGAAGAGCAAAACUUUGAUUAAAAACACUAUUUGGUCCUCCAUAUAGCUGAAACAUUGAAAUUGAAAAGAAUAAGUACCUCACCAUCCAUUGGCUACCUUAGCACCUAAAUAGUCCUAUUACAUGAAGUGCUAUUAGAUGAUUUUUUUUCUUUCAGCAUAUUUUGUUUUAUUGCUGCAAUAGCUGUUGGGUGGGUGUGAACAGUUAAGCACAUUUAGGAAGGUGGUUUUCAGCUGGUUUUUAGUCAUGCUAACUUUUUAAUAAAGGAUCUGUCAAACCCUUCCCUCACUUCUAGGGAAGUUGGCUCUCUGGGCCUAAUGUAGGCCUUCCUCACAGGUAGUACGGUAUUAAAAACCAAAAGGUGUUCUAAGUAGGUUUUUUAAUCUUUAUAGUCUCCAAUCACAAUAACAUUUAGCUAAUGUGAAUUUCACCUCUAAAGGUCAAGAUUACGUAUGAACCGUAAGUAUUUCAUAAGGUUGCUUAGCCUCAACUUCUUAUAUAUCCAUCUUAUUUUAAGAUUGUGUCCUCUCCAGAAAAAUCUGCAGUAUGUUCAGGUCUUUGCCAAAUGCUAUAUAUGUGUGCCACAGAGCAGAAGUAUCACUCAAGUACUUCUCAAGAGGCAUCAACAUCUGAAAAUGUUGAAAUCUGGAUUGCCCUAAAAACAUGCUUACCUUUACUUAAAUAGUAGGCAUACGUUAGAGAAAGUCUUUAAGCAGGAAAUGAUCUUUUUACCUGUUUGUUCUCUUGACUGACAUGGAACUUGUUGAAACCUCUCAGAAUAUUCUUAUUUGCAUGUAUUAUGAAAUCUAAUGUAUUCUUUUUCUAUUACAUAAUAAAACCGUGACUAACAAUGUAUGAAGAACGAGAGAGUGUUUUGGUGCUAAGAUAAAGAAUUACUCUGCAUGCUGUAUACUUCAGCUUAUAGUACCAUUGAGGAUAAGUCACAGAAUUUGACUAGAUCUGUUUCGAGUAUUUCUAGAGCAGCUUAUAACAGUCUUUGUGAUUCACAGUCACAGCGCAUACACUGAUAACUGUCCUACCCAGUGAAGAGUUCAAAUGAUUCUCUUCAGGUAUCAUAGCGUGUCACAAUGGAAUUCAAAGUACUUAGCUACAGAGAUCACCACAUCAUGCCUUUCCUUGUACCUCAUAUGUCCUUUUGUAACUUGGAUUAUAGGAAAAAGGGCUUCAAGCUGUUUUUAGUGCCUGAGUGCACUAAUACCUACCCACCCCUCUUUAUCCUAUACUUUGGCCUUUUAUCAGUUUAUCUUGAUGUCCUUACAUGUACCCGUUGGGGAUCUAAAGGCCCUUGAAGACCUUGCAAAGCUCCUUAUGUCUGUGUGGAAGAUAGUUUACCUUUGUUGGAACAUACCCUUUUGUUGAAUAUGGAGGAGGAUGUGAUGUACUUUUGGAGAA